GUCCAGCCGUUUAAAGUGCUGGUAACUAUGACGUUAUGAUUGGUGCCCGGAUUAACAUCCCAUUUAGCGAAACUUAGCAGGUGUGUUCUCCUCCUUUCAGAACCCCUCAUCAUCAUCACCCGUUCCUGUUGCUGAUGGGCACGACGUGAAGCCCGAGGUACUAACAGCAUGGCUUCUGCCCUGGCUUAGGUUGCAUGCACUGUCUGCUUGACGAGCUACGUGCCGCGUACGUAAAACGUACGAGUAUUCUAUAGCCUUGCAUCCAAGUCCAACAUCCCCGAUAUCGGCCGUGACCACUGAUAUAUACCACUUUAACGACAAGUCAUUCUUUCAAGUCCGUCAGCAGGGUCUCUCGCACCACACGCCUGACCUAGUACUCCCACGACAUCGCCCUACUGGACUCGGACCACAGCGACCAUCAUGGCCCAAGAACGCGCCGUCUACACCCACGGCCACCACGCCUCCGUAGUGCAAGACCACGCCCGUCGCACGGCCCAAGACUCAGCAUCCUUCCUCCUACCACACAUUCAACCCAACCACAAAAUCCUAGACGUAGGUUGUGGUCCAGGCACCAUAACCGCUGACCUCGCGGCACUCGUCCCUCAGGGCAGCGUCAUAGGCGGCGAUGCCGUUGAGAGCGUCCUCCAGCAAGCAUCGGACUUCGCGGAGUCGCGUGGCUUGUCAAACAUCACAUUCCAAAAGAUCGACGCCAACGCUUUACCCUUCGAGGACAACACCUUCGACAUAGUCUACUGCCACCAAGUCCUGCAGCACGUCAGCGACCCCGUCCAGAUCCUCAAGGAAAUGCGCCGCGUGGCCAAACCAGCCGGAAUCAUCGCCUCCCGCGAAGCCGACUACAAGAGCUUUGCAUGGUACCCCGAGCUCCCCGAAAUCACACGCUGGGCCGAGCUCUACCAGCAAGUGGCCAAGACGAAUGGCGGCGAGCCCAACGCGGGAAGGUACUGCCACGUCUGGGCGCGACAAGCCGGCUUCGAACCAUUUCAGAUCGAUGCCACCUGGGAUUGCUGGAGGUAUGUGGGCCAGAGAGCAAGGCACUUCUCGAUCAGUUGGAAUGGCAGGAUCCUGCAGCCAGGGUUCCUAGGGACGGCGGUGAGGGAAGGCUUCGCCACCGAGGAGGAGAUCAGACGCAUAUCCGAGGCGUGGAAGAAAUGGGGUGAAGAUGAAGAUGUCUUCAUCGCCAUUCCUAGUGGGCAGAUCUUGUGUCGGAAGGGCUAAGCUCACACGCCCGUGGAGACUGCUGUCGAGGUUACAAAUACCUGGCUAUGAGGCCGCGAGCACAAAUUAAGUGAAUCACCACGGCUGUGGAAGUUGUCAAGGGGCCACAUACCCACCAGCCUUCCACAGCAAGCAAGAUUAAGAGCACUCUCGACGAAACAUGACGAUAUGGAUGCCAUUUAUUCAAUGCAUAAAUAGUAAAAGCCUUUUCAGUUAUUGCGGCAAACGCUCGCUUUGAUUAUACAUACUCCUGAGUCAAG